CGAAGUAUUCCUUCGGUAUGUGUUUUGUAAAACUGGAUCGUUAAGGCUGGAUGUUCCGCUCUCGUAAUAGCGUAAACAGUGCAUAGUAGGGAUUUGAAGGAAUUCUUGUUCGUUUCUACGCGGGAGAAAUAGAAGAUCGCAGUCCCGCAUGCUCGGCCCUACAGCGUAUUUGCGCGUGCAUCCAGAAACACGCGCCUGUCCCGGCUCCACUCUUCCACCUUGCAGCCCCGCCGCUGCACCCUUCUGCUCCCGCUCUAUUUCGGGGCCUCAUGAGCUCAUGCCCUCUGCAGACCACACUGCAAUUCCAGUCCAGUCCAGCCCGAGCCGCGAGGCUACGCAGGGCAAUUCCUGCAAGUGUUCGAAAGGUGGCCGGGGCGCAGGGAGGGGAAAGCUUUGGAGGAAGUUGAAGACCCGCCCACGUAAAGGACCCAAAAUAACCGACACGCUGUGUGCCCGAAAUCAGACAGGAAGCCAAAUAAUCAAGGGCGUUGAGUUGCUUUCCCCUCACUCCUAGAGCUGGGCGAAGGGCGCGGAGCCAGGGCUCAGGCGGCGAGGGGCGGUCACCCCGCGGGCAGGGCGGGGCGGGGCCGCCGCGGAGCCUAUUAAAGGCGCGGCCGGGUGGCGGGGCGGGAGCGCCGGGGCCACGAUGGAGCGCGACGGCUACGCGGGGGGCGGGAGCCGCGGCGAGGGAGGCCACGGCCGCCGGGAGGGCCCGGCGGGGAACGGCCGCGACGCGAGCCUCGGCCCGGGAGCCGAGGCACCCGGGGACCCGCAGACGGCCGCGUCUUUGCUGGCCCCCAUGGACCUGGGGGAGGAGCCGCUGGAAAAAGCGGCGCGCGCCCGUCCCGCCAAGGACCCCAACACCUACAAAGUGCUCUCGCUGGUAUUGUCAGUCUGUGUGUUAACAACAAUCCUUGGGUGUAUAUUUGGGUUGAAACCAAGCUGUGCCAAAGAAGUUAAAAGUUGCAAAGGUCGCUGUUUCGAAAGAACAUUUGGGAAUUGUCGCUGUGAUGUUGCUUGCGUCGAACUUGGAAACUGCUGUCUAGAUUACCAGGAGACAUGUAUAGAACCAGAGCGCAUAUGGACUUGCAGCAAAUUCAGGUGUGGUGAGAAAAGGUUGCCCAGAAGCCUCUGCUCCUGUUCAGACGACUGCAAGGACCAUGGUGAUUGCUGCAUCAACUACAGGCCUGUGUGUCGAGGUGAGAAAGGUUGGGUAGAAGAAUCCUGUGAGAACAUUAAUGAGCCACAGUGCCCAGCAGGGUUUGAAACACCUCCUACCCUCUUAUUUUCUUUGGAUGGUUUCAGGGCAGAAUAUUUACACACUUGGGGUGGACUUCUUCCUGUUAUUAGCAAACUAAAAAACUGUGGCGUGUAUGCUAAAAACAUGAGGCCAGUCUACCCAUCAAAAACCUUCCCCAAUCACUACAGCAUUGUCACAGGUCUUUAUCCAGAAUCCCAUGGCAUAAUUGACAAUAAAAUGUACGAUCCAAAAAUGAAUGCUUCCUUUACACUUAAAAGUACAGAGAAAUUUAAUCCUGAGUGGUACAAAGGAGAACCAAUUUGGCUCACAGCUAGAUAUCAAGGCCUGAAGACUGGCACAUAUUUUUGGCCAGGCUCAGAUGUGGAGAUAAAAGGAAUUCUCCCAGACUUCUAUAAAAUAUAUAAUGGUUCAAUACCAUUUGAAGAAAGGAUUUUAGCUGUUCUUAAAUGGCUGCAGCUUCCCAAGGAUGAAAGACCACACUUUUACACUCUGUAUUUAGAAGAACCAGAUUCUUCAGGUCAUGCCUAUGGACCAGUCAGCAGCGAAGUCAUCAAAGCAUUGCAGAGGGUUGACAACAUGGUUGGCAUGCUGAUGGAUGGUUUAAAAGAGCUGAAUUUGCAUCGAUGUCUGAACCUCAUCCUCAUUUCAGAUCAUGGCAUGGAACAAGGCAGCUGUAAGAAAUACAUAUACCUGAAUAAAUACCUGGGGGAUGUUAAAAACAUAAAAGUUGUAUAUGGACCUGCAGCUCGACUGAGACCCGCUGAUGUCCCAGAUAAAUACUACUCAUUUAAUUAUGAAGGCAUUGCUAGAGAUCUUUCUUGCCGAGAGCCAAACCAGCACUUCAAACCUUACCUAAAACAGUUCUUACCCAAACGAUUGCACUUCGCUAAAAGUGAUAGGAUUGAGCCCUUGACAUUCUAUUUGGACCCUCAGUGGCAACUUGCAUUGAAUCCUUCAGAAAGGAAACAUUGUGGAGGUGGAUUUCAUGGCUCUGACAACAUAUUUUCAAGUAUGCAAGCCCUCUUUAUUGGCUAUGGACCUGGAUUCAAGCAUGGCAUUGAAGUUGAUUCUUUUGAAAAUAUCGAAGUCUAUAACUUAAUGUGUGAUUUAUUGAAUUUGACACCUGCUCCUAAUAAUGGAACUCAUGGAAGUCUUAACCACCUUCUAAAGAAUCCCAUUUACACUCCAAAGCACCCCAAAGAAGCCCGGCCCCUGGUCCAGUGCCCCUUCACAAGGACCCCCAGAGAGAACCUCGGCUGCUCCUGUGAUCCCUCGAUUUUUCAAGUCAUGGAUUUUAAGACACAAUUGAAUCUGACUGUGACAGAAGAGAAGGUUAUUAAGCGCAGCACUUUACCCUAUGGAAGGCCCAGAGUUCUCCAGAAGAACAGCACUGUCUGCCUCCUCUACCAGCACCAGUUUGUGAGUGGUUACCGCCCCGACAUCCACAUGCCCCUCUGGACCUCCUACACUGUGGACAGAAAUGAUAGUUUCCUCAGAGAAGACUUUUUCAAUUGCCUUUAUGAGGAUCCACGAAUUUCCCUUAGUCCUGUCCAUAAGUGUUCGUUUUAUAAAAAUAAUGCGAAAAUAAGUUAUGGGUUCCUCUCCCCACCACAACUAACUAAAGGCUCAAGUAAAAUGUAUUCUGAAGCAUUGCUUACAACUAAUAUAGUGCCAAUGUACCUGAGUUUUCAAGCGAUAUGGAGCUACUUUCAUGCCACCCUACUGCCGAGGUAUGCCAAGGAAAGAAACGGCAUCAAUGUUGUCAGCGGUCCCGUGUUUGACUCUGACUAUGAUGGACAUUAUGAUGCCUCGGAGACUCUGAAGCAAAACAGCAGGCUCAUCCGUAAUCAAGAACUUCUGAUCCCGACCCACUUCUUCAUUGUGCUAACAAGCUGUAAAAACACAUCCCAGACCCCAGCACAGUGUGACAGUUUAGAUGCCUUAGCCUUCAUUCUGCCUCACAGGACUGACUACAACGAGAGCUGCGUGCACAGGAAGCCGGAGUCAUUGUGGGUUGAGGAGCUGGUGAUGUUACACACAGCUCGGAUCACAGAUGUUGAGCACAUCACCGGACUCAGCUUCUAUCAAGAAAGAAAAGAGCCAGUUUCAGACAUUUUAAAGUUGAAAACACAUUUGCCAACGUUUAACCAAGAAGACUGAUUUUUUUUUUAAAUUCCAAAAACUCACCAUAAAUCUUGCUGAAAGAACCUUGUAUUUCAUACAGUCCUCCUCCACGCUCUUACACUGUUUGGAACCGCCGACCAGAGCUAGAACUGGGAUACGACCGUCUCCGGGGAGCGGCGGCCUCAGCUCAGCGGUUGGGAAGUGUUCCCACCGAGUCUCGCACACGCUUGGACGUGUAAGGGCUGUUCACAUUUGGGAAUAAAGACAGACCGAGCCUGAGAGUGCUCUUCUACUUCUCUUAAAGGCAGAAGUAGCCUGUGAACAUUGGACUCCAGAUAUUUGAACCUUAUUACCAUUAAUAAACUUCUGUGGGGCUGGCAAUGCCAGACUGACGAAUAGGAUUGGAAUAAUCCAGGUUACGUUAGUGUCUUCACAAGAGUUUCAAGGUGAUCCUUGAUUCUUUUAAAAGCAAUUUUGAAAUUUCAUUUAUCGUAGUUUUAAUUUUUAAGAAAUUAAUGGAAAAAUAUUUCUGAGGUUCUCAAAAACCAAAAUAUGUUAUCUUGUGGGUUUAAAAAAAUUAUGAUUAGGUUUCUUCAGAUUUAAUGGCUUUAACAAGUUAAAAUUUGAGGGGAGGUCUGUGUAUUGAAUAUAUUGUUCUGUUAUAAAAUUUUACUCCACAUUUGUACCAAAAAAGAAAAAUAUCCCCAUUCUGUUCACUGAUAAUUAACAAAGGUUGAAAACAGCUCUAAAAGUGGUUCUUUUACACUGUUAAAAAUGUCUUAUUUUGAUGAAACUUCAGAGAACUUGUCAACACCUACAAGUUGGCAUUUUUCACUGAGAUGGUAGGGAUGUUCUCCUCCGUGCAUGGAAAUGACGCCACCAGCAGCAGAGCUAUACUGUGCUGAGCUGUGCAUUUUGAAGUUCCAUAGAUUUGAAGAGAACCUGUUCCCACCACUUCGUAUCUACUUGGUGGUCACGAUAAAUGAACUUGAUUUCUCCAUGGCAUAGACUCUAUCCUUUAGUGCCAACCUGUGAACCUUCAAAGGCUACAUUCACUGUUAGGCCACCUGGGUCUAAUUUAGGUGUUCUGUUAGUGCACCAAGAUUUGUAUUUGUCCUUCAGACGGUACUUCUUCUUCAAGAGCAUUGGGGCCACAGAGACCUUUAGAUAAUAUAAUUUGCUUCUAAAAUUAUUUAAUAAUUUAGAAAGUUUCAUUGGUUCUUGUUUUAAUACCACAGAUCUCUAAAGCUCUGUAUAUUAUUAUUGCUUUAAUGUUUACUUUUUCUCUAUUGUUCAAACUGGGUAAUUUCUAUUGUUCUAUCUUCAAGUUCACUGGUUCUUUUCUCUGUCUAGUCCAUUUACUCUUGAGCUCAUCCAUUGUUUCUUUUUAGUAUAUCAGUUAUGGCUUUAUUAUUUCUAAAAUUUCCACUUGGUUUUUCUUUCUAUCUUUUUCUUUGCUGAAAAUUUUUAUCUCUUUGCUGAGACUUUGUAUUUUUUCAUUUGUUUUAAGAAUGUGUGUAAUUGCUCAUUGAAGCAUUUUUAUCAUGGCUGCUAUGAAAUCCUUGUCAGAUAAUCCUGAUAUCUGUGUCACCUUUAUGUUGGCACCUGUUGUCUUUCUUCAUUCAAAAAGAUUGUUCUGUUUUUCAGUGCAAUGAAUGAUCUUCAACUGAAACCUGGGUGUUUUAGGUAUUAUGUUCUAUGACUGUGGGUCUCACUCAGCCCUUCCAUUUUAGCAGAGUUUCUCUAAUACCCUAGCAGGGAAAUUGGGGACACUGCCUCAUUAUUGGUAGAUGUGUUUCCUACUCAGCUUUCAUUGAUGCUUGGGGUGAGAGGGGACCCUCGUUGCUAUUGGAAGUGGCGGGAAUUCAGCUCCCAACUUUACCUCCACUGAUGCCUCCCUGGCUGGGAAGUGCGGGGCGCCCUGCACUGCCCCACAUGGUCUCCUCUGACACUGUGGACAGGGGGAGCUUUAUUGUCAGCAGGUGGGAAUGAAACAACCAGUUUCCUGCUCAGCCUUCUCUAACUCCGCCCUGGCAGGAGACUCCGGGAACCUGCUCACAGCCUGACAAGGGUGAGGUCUGGGCCUCCCACACUGUCUUUGCUGGCAUGGGUGGGGUCAUGGUCUAUUCUGCAGCGUUUGGCUGAAGUGGAGUAGUUACUGUUUUUUUCCCUUGCUAGGCUACUCUUCUGUUCCUUUGGUGAGGGAGAGAUGGGGGGAGAGGGAGAGGGGGUGGGGGAGAGAAGGCCUUUUUAUGGGGCUUCUCUUUGUACUCAGCGUUUCCAGGUUGCUGACUCCGUCACUUCCAAGUCCAGGACAUGUAACCUGACAGGAAAACUCGGGAACUCAUCACAAUAGUUUUGGACUUGGGCCCCAAGUACUCUAGCCUGUCUGUCUUCCCUCCACCUUUCAGAAUUUUCUUGUUUGUUUUAUAUAUAAUAACCAAGCUUUUUAGCUGUAAUUGAAGAAAGAUACCUAUUUCUUCAUAGGGGUGUCUCACUGAUUUUUAUCUAUUCCUCAAAACACGUGCAGGGGAAUUGGGGGACACACACGAUUGCCUCUAGCUUCUUAGCAGAUCUUAAUUACGUGGAUAGAUGCCUCUCAGCUUUGCUAGGCACCAGGAAUGCAAAGCAAAACGAGUUAGCAUUCUUACAGUCUUGGGGAGAGAAAAGAGGCAGCAGAAGGGUAAACAGGCCCUUAAAGGUGAUAAAUGUACAAUGCAGCCACGGGUGAGGGCCAGGGAGCCCAGAGGAGGCAGUAGGUGCUGCUGGGCAGUCUCGGUGGUGGCUUUCCAGAGGUGGAGCCAUGGGGGCCGGAACUCGGAGGAUGGGCUGGAGCUCUUCGGGUGAAUGGGUGAGGAAAGGGCACUGUAGCCUCCCUCGGAUGGAUGGGUGUAUUUUUGACAUUUUGCCAUUUACUGCUACUUCUGAUAUUUUCUGCAAUUAUCACUAUGACCAGUUUAUAAUAUACAACUAUUUUAUUUUUCUUGCUUUGUUACAAUAAUCCCCCAUUCUUAAAGGAAAUGUCAGACUAUAAAUUCUGUGCUGACUCUUUAAAGGAAGUGGCACCCCUAUCUGUUUCUACUUAGCUUUUUUCCCCCAGUUGCUCUUACACAGUAUUCUUUUCCUGUCUGGAAAGAGAUCCCUUCUUUCACUAUUUCAUCAAUUUAAAGCAUGUGAGCAGUCACCACUUCCUCAGUGUGGAUGAUGAAUUCACACAUCAAUAUAUGGAAACUCUUUCUCAUACCUUCUAAAAUAAAGGCUAUUCUUUGCUUCUCAAAUGCUGAGAAAACCUUUAUUUAGCCCUAGUUUACUGCCAUGCCUCUGGUCAGUAUGUCUUAAAUGACAUAAGUAACCUCCAUAUAAAAUCGCACAACUAGUCAGUGUACACAUGGCAGGCGAACACUCAGGUGGAACUUAAAGAUGCUUUCAAAUAUCAGAGAGAAGAGGGCAGACCUUUGGGGGGAGAGGGCAAAUAUGCAGGUUCCAGUGGGGUAAGGAAGUAUGUAGAGGACUGUUAGGCCAGUUGGCCUGGUCCUGUUUAAGGAGAGGGGACAGCUGAGCCACCUCUUCCUGCAGGAGAGGCUGUGACCCCUUGACAUUUUUUUGUCAUUAGCUGCAAUAACUGUCCUGCCCUGCUCUGUGAAUACAUGCUUAUCUAUAACAGCAAAUGGCAUGUGAACUUUGAAACCAAAUAAGAAGAUUACACUUUCUGCUGAAGCCUAUCACCGGGCUUUGGGGUGUGGGUGCUUUCAUGAGCAUUAAGUAAAAUUUUAGCAUGGCUACAGUCCAAGGACAUUCUCCCUGGAUUUUGUCCUGAGUAUUGUAAGGUAGAAAAACAAAACCUACGGAAUAUAAGAGCCUCUAAGCUAGGAAAAAGGAGAUGCACAAAUAUGAGUUAUACAUACAGAAGCUUGGCUGCUUUUCCUGUGUGUGUGUGUGUGUGUGUGUGUAAGGGGGAGGGCGGGGGAGGUGGUCCUGGUCCUCCAGGGACUGAUCCCGUGUGAGACGCGUGAGACUGUUGUGGGCAAUAAACUGCAGCUAUAUUGUUGGAAGGAGAAAAAAGAGCCCAAGUUCAUUUCAGGUUCACAGAGUAAACAUCCAUUUCUGAUCUGUGACCUAUAUUCUUGCUGGAUAUUUUAAUUACAUUGAAUCAUACUUCCAGGUAAAAACAAGCAACAGACAUAUAUAAAUAGCCUUCCAGUAUUUAGAAUGGUCUGAAACCAGAGGAAAAGUCUCCAACAUGUAACUUCCAUAGAUUUUUUUCCAACAUGAAAUUUUUGCAUCUAUUCUCUCCACUGCACGUAAAUAGUGAUUGAAGAAAAGAUAAUGUUUACUAGAAAUUAUAUCCACACCAGAAACCAUAGAAGUAUAAAAUGUUUUAGCCUACUAGAAAUGAAAGAGUUGCUGGAACAGGUCGUAUAUCUAUGAGAUGCCAAAAGGGAGAAACAACAUUUAAAAAAAAGCCCCUUUCAUCCCACCAGAGGCUGUUGAUUUAAAUUUAACUUCAUACUAGCCCAUUGGGGAUGAAAACGUGUAUGUUUAAAUUCAGUGACUGAAAGCAACAUCACAGGAUGAUCUGAUCAUAUAUUUCCAACUGGGCAGGUCCUGGUGGGCAGUCACACUCUGGGCCUAUAAUUUGUUUAGUAAAAGGUUUGUAAACCAAGCUGUCCAUUGUCCUUGUGCAUAAGGGUUUAUUCCUUUUAAAUGUCAGAAAUCCUCCUUUCCAGAUCCCUUGAAGGUGUAACCACCCUCACUAGGAGCACCUAACCUUGUUUACUUCUUUAGUGAAAGAUUUUAAACCAGCCUGUCCAUUGUUCUUAUGCACCUAAAUUAACACAUCUUUGAAAUACCAGAAGUAAUACCCCUCAAAGGGAGUAUUGACCUUCAAGAGAACACAUAAUCUUAAGUAUCCUGUAAUCUGAUCCCCACAUUGCUUCCUCCCACCUUCACGUAAUUUUAAAUGCAUAAAAGAAGCUGCAAACCUGUUAUUCUCCAGAGCGUUUGACAUCUUGCUCCCCAGCCUAUAGCAUCAGUUUGGCUCACACAAAGUCAUAAAAUUCUCUCCAGGAUUGGACAUGUCUUACGUCAACAAGGCCCAGACCCCUGAUGCAAGAUCCAAAUACAGCACUUGUUAAUGGCUGUCUGACACCGUAAAAGGAAAGAAAAUAAUUUCAGGACGUUGUGGUUAUUGGUUCCACAUGGGACUUCCAGGGACCUGGCAAGAUUGUAUCCUAAAGAGAACACAUUACCACAAACCUCACAAGGAAAUUGAGAAAUUCCAAGAAGCUGCACUAUCUUAAACAUUCACCAGCCUGUGUUCUGUUAAACUUGCUAAGUUUAUACCCUUUGACUCUAUUUCCCAAAACUGUAACUGAUGGGAUGUCAAGACAGCUGUUUGAUAAGGAUUACAAUUCAAUACUGUGGGAUUUCCCCCUAGUGGUUGUAACUCUCAUUUGGCAUUUAGCAUAUGUUUCUUAAAUCAAUACAUUCCUUUUCAUGUAUUGUCUUGUCUCCUAAGUCAUCUGCCAUCGAUAACAGAAACACAGUGUCGGGUACGUAGUACUUGCUCAAUUAAAAAAAAAAGUUCCGAUGAAUAAACAUCAAUGAGAUGAUCCUACCAAAACAUUCAUUUGAAAUAACUAAGAGCUCACAGGUCACAGACAUGCAACUAAAGCAAUCACAUGGAAAUGAAUUAUUUCUUGCAUUCUUAGUUUUUAAAUGCAAGGUAGUAUUUUCAAUGGCAUAUUUUUUAAAGGAGUUCAUUUACAGAUAUUUUCCUCGUGCACAGGCAGAAUUUUAAAAAAUAGUAAAUAGAGAUCAAGUAAUGCCGAUCAAGGGCUGUUCACAGUUGUUACACUGACUGCAUCCUGUGGAAAGUAUGAUGCCUAAUGAACCGAACAGGAAAGAAUGAGCUAUUCAGAGCGCCGACAUCUCAGAUGAAACCUCUCUACAAAGCACAUAGUGUUUUUCCAGCAACAAGCUGCUGCCGUUGCUGUAAACAUUCCCUGGCAGCGGUGGAGGCACACAGGAGCAUCUAUCUCAGUUCUCACGUUUACCAACCGAAGGUAACACCUUCAGCGGUGAGGAAGAGCCUGGAAGGGAAAUAAGCAGGUGGUAUAACAACCAUACUGGAGCGUCUGAAACAAACAGAUUUCAGGCAACUUUGCUUCACCAAAGAGGAGAAAGAUUUUUCCUACCCUUUUCUCCUCUUUGAAAUUCAAGGCAAUGGAGUGUAGCCCUGGUGGAGAUGCAUUGAACAAAGAAGUGUUUGAGGUGAGGGAUGUCAUCCCAUCCAUUAGGUGUCUGAUAAAUAAACUUAAAUUUUCAUGUACAUAAUGAGUCAGUAAUGUUAUUGUGGUAACAAAGAUCUCUGGAACUAAACCAGAUGUGCUGAUAAUUAUAAUAAUAGCUAAUCUUUACUGGCAGUUUAUUUUGUUCCAGACUCUAUGUUAAAUGAUUUGUGUACAGUAUAUAUUUUCUCAACAAUUCUGUACUGUGAACAUACUAAUACUUAACCCUAGUUAAUGGGUUAUCCCUUAUAGGGAUUUGAACCCAGGUCUUGGCAAAGCUUGAAACAGUAUAUCACAUUGCCUCCUUAAAAAACACACUAAAAAUGUUCAAGUUCAUCUAGCUCUACUCCAUCAGUAGUCGAAUUCCAAACCAGCACUUGACAUAAAUGUACUGUGUAUUAAAAGCAUGAAUUAUCAUUAAUAAAAAAAAACAUAAACCAUG